AGAAGAAGUGAACCGUGACCAAGAAUCAUUUCAACGUUAGCUUUUUUGUGUUAUUUAGACGUUUAUUAAUACUCUGGAACUCAAACUAUGACUAAUUUAAUUGUACAUCAUCACACGUUUACCUCAUGUAUUCUUUAAUUCGCGUUGGAGACAGGACUUGGUUGAUAUACGUUAUCUAGGUAACGUUAACUAGCCGCUAACAUGGCUAACUGUAUGGUCUUUCAUACUCAAAUAGCCUCCAUUAUGGAGGUGCUAGCGAAUGCAGCCGUGGCAGAUAUCUGUAAACUCGUAGACGACGACUAUGCAGUGUUUCGUUUGGAAAUGACUCAAAGCCAGAAAGAAAACCGGGCAUUGCGGAGGAAACUUCAGCUACUGGAACUGAAAGUGGCACGGGACCGCGUUCUCGCCAGUCGUCCCAGUAGUGUCAAGAUCCUCGACCGAAACAGAGGAAUGGCAAGAGGACAUCUCACUGGAGGCCAUAGGAGCUUUGUAAAGCCAGCAGGACAUAAUGAGGGUAGUGGAACCUCAACCCAUCAUGUUGUUGUGAUAGAGUCUGUAGAUGCUGAGGAUGCAGGGCCUGAGGUCAAGCUGGAGAGGUCUGAAGGAGAGGACCCAGGGCAAAGCACAGACAUCCAGACUGGAGCGGCUGGAGUGCUCCCUGUAGCCACGGAGGACCCCACCCCCACGCCGCCCAGAACCCGACGCAGCAUCACGGAGGUCAGUGGAACGCCGAACGCUGUCCUCAAGUCUGAGACAGACACUGAGACCUUAACUGUAGCACACAGGCUUUUACACACAGGAUCUGGCCACAGAUCCGAUCCAGAGAGACUGGGGCCACUGGGCUGUCCUCCUGCUCCUGGCACAGAGUAUUUACCGGUGUUUCACCAGAGCCAGAAGACGGUUAAUUCCUGUGGAAAUACUGAUGGUGAUGCGUUAGACUCUGGUGGUGAUGAUCUGUCUUGUUUUUACACCACAGAGAUGGACUCUGGCAACAUAUCCUUGGGUUUAGAGACACAGACUGAUUUGUCUAGAGGGGACUGGAACCAGUACAGUAGUAGUGUAUACUCUGAAGGGUGUCUAGAUAAGAAAGGGGAGGUUAUAGCGGUAGAUGAUGUGACUGUCAAAGUGGAGGGUGAUACUCAUCUUACAUGGAAUGAAGACGAGACUCACUUAGGAGAAGGACACUCACAAGAUUUCUUAGAUUACAGGGAAAGCUUAGAGACAAAUCCAAAUGUCUUGAGCCACUCCCCUGUACGCACGCUCAGGGAUCGGGCCCCAGUGUCCAUGUCGAAGGGGCCUUCAGAUUCACAUUGCCGCGUCCUUUUCGAUCAGGUAUUGAACUUAAACGACAGGGCUCGAGCUCAGGGAGGGGGAAACACAUCAGGCAGUAGUAAAGAGAAACGCUUCCUCUGCAUGUUCUGUAACAAAGGCUUCAGCUGCCUCCAGAAAGUGGAGAUCCACCAGAGGGUCCACACAGGGGUGAAACCCUUCAGCUGUACCCAGUGUGAUAUGCGCUUCGCUGAGGCUGGCAGCCUGAAGAGGCACCAGAGGGUCCACACAGGGGAGAAACCCUACAGCUGCCCCCAGUGUCACAUGCGCUUUACCCAGGCUGGCAGCCUGAAGAGACACCUGAAGGUCCACAUGGGAGAAAGGCUGUUCGUCUGAGGUUCUCCGAGAGGAGCUACCUCAGGAUACCCCAGCAGAAAAACUAUUCCACUUUAUAGCUUAUUGCAUUUAUAUCAAACCAUGCAUGAGACUAAGAUUACUUUUCAUUGUAGUGGGCAGAAAAGAUCCACGGAUGCAUUUGGAAUUACGAGAGUAAAAGACUUCAGUGUUGAAUAUUCCUGGGUAGAAUAUUGCAUCCAUACAUUGUGUGAUAUACACUGAGUGUACAAAACAUUAUGAACACAUCGCUAAUAUUGAAUUGCAUCCCCCCCCCCCCCCUUUUGCCCUCAAAACAACCUCAAUUAGUCAGGACGUGGACUCUAAAGCGUUCCACACGGAUGCUGGACCAUGUUGACUCCUAUGCUUCCCACAGUUGCGUCAAGUUGGCUGGAUGUAUUUUGGGUGGUGGACCAUUCUUGAUACACACGGAUAACUGUUGAGCGUGAAAGACCCAGCAGCGUUGCGGUUCUUGACACAAACCGCUGCGCCUGGCACUUGCUACCAUACCUCCUUCAAAGGCACUUACAUCUUUUGUCUUUCCCAUUCACCCUCUGAAUGGCACACACACAAUCCAUGUCUCAAGGCUUAAAAAUCCUUCUUUAACCUGUCUCCUCCUCUCCAUCUACAAUGAUUUGAAGUGGGGUUAACAGGUGACAUCAAUAAGAGAUCAUAGCUUUCACCUUGUUUCACCUGGUCAGUCUGUCAUGGAAAGAGCAGGUGUUAAUGUUUUGUACACUGUGUAUAAAGCACAUAAGCCUAAAAAGUCUGUUACAUAUUGUGUUUGUACUGUGUAGGCUAGGUGAUGUUCACAAAUGCCUAUUUCAUUACAUUCAUUGAACUGCUUUCCCAAGACACUUUUAAUGAGGAAAUUAAUACAAAUGAUCAAGUUCAUGCAGAUUUUUAGUUGAUGUAUAUGUGUGGUUUUCAUAUGGUCUAUUUAACACUUUUGUUUAAUAAACAUCCAAUUUUACUUUAA